AUGUCUUUCAGUUUCGGACAGUCGAGCUCAACGCCAACUUCGAAUGGCCAGGCCAACCCAACCACAGCGGCGCCUGCCUCUGGCGGCCUCUUUGGAGCUGCCAGCGGAACUCCUAGCUUCUCCUUCGGCAACACAGGCACAGGUUCAGGCGCAAACACUCCUGCUGCCGGCGGUGGUUUGUUCGGUGGAAAUGCUGGGCAGAAGCCCGGUGGUCUCUUCGGCAACGCUGGCGCAGUAUCUACUACCCCUGCCUCAGCGCCCGCCGCGGGAGGACUGUUUGGCAAACCUGCCGCUCCCGCUACCUCGACAACACCUGCCUCUGGCGGUGGCGGCCUAUUCGGCAACACCGGCUCGACGACCCCUAGCACAGCUGCUCCGGCUUCUGGAGGCCUUUUCGGCGGCGGUAGCGCGGCUCCUCCUUCGACUGGUGGCUCGUCACUCUUUGGCGGAGGUGGCGUCGCGGCGGCACCCGCGAAGCCGGCCGGAGGACUUUUCGGUGGAGCCAAUACAGCCAGCACUGCUCCCGCCGGUGGACUCUUCGGAGCUCAAAAUACCAGCCAGGCACAGACGCAGGGUUCCACGCCGAGCCCUGCUCCUGCCGCUGGUGGUCUCUUCGGCGGCGGCGGCCUGAAGCCCCCCACAACAAACGCGCAGCAACCUGCUGGUACAUUCGGCUCGCAAGCAACUCCCGCCAAGAGCCUGUUCUCUCAGCCAUCCACAACACCUGCCGGAGCACCGCCGGCUGGCGAUUCCAAGCCUGCAGCUGGAGGUCUCUUCGGCGCUGCGGGUGGUAGCCAAGCUAGCACCCAACCACCGGCAACAAGCCAGCCUGCGGCUGCUUCAGGAGGCCUCUUUGGAGGUGCUGCGCAGGCCGCACCUGCCACCAAGCCAGCUGGAGCAGCGGGACUCUUCGGAGGUGCAGCGACGCCUGCCGCCUCGUCUGGUGGUGCCAGUGGCCUGUUCGGUGGACAGAAGCCCGCUGCGCCAGCUGCUUCCUCUGCUGGGGGCCUCUUUGGAGCACAAGCUCAGUCCUCGACUCCUGCUACCCAGCCGGCCCCAGCAGCAGCCGCUGGAGGCUUGUUCGGCGCCAAGCCUGCUGCGACCACCACACCCGCGACGUCUGCGCCAGCAACGUCGACUGGAGGUGGUCUCUUCGGUGGUGGUGCUGCGACCACAUCUGCUGCUCCGGCUGCUUCAGGUGGACUGUUCGGCGCGAAGACCACAGAGGCCUCGUCUACCGCUACACCCGCUACGGCUGCUCCUGCAUCGUCAGGUCUCUUCGGCAACCAGACAUCGUCCACCGCCCAAGCUAAGCCGGCCGCCGGCGGCCUUUUCGGUGCCGCUGCAUCGACGCCCGCUUCCACAGCCGCGCCUGCGACGGCAGCCUCGACUGCGCCAGCUGCUGCCGCCACCACCACCGCCGCUGCUGGUACCUCUACAACCCCCGCUGCGUCUUCCGGCAAUGCUCUCGGCGCCUCAACGACAGGACCUACUUCGCAACUACCACGCCUGAAAAACAAGUCCAUGGAUGACAUCAUCACUCGUUGGGCGUCGGACCUCUCCAAGUACCAGAAGGAGUUCAAGGGUUACGCGGGCGAGGUGUCCGACUGGGACUUCACCCUGGUCAAUAACGGAGAGAAGAUCCAGAAGCUGUACCUCAGCACGUUCGAAGCUGAAAAGGCGAGUCAUGAGAUUGAGCGACAGCUCCAGUCGGUCGAAAGCCAGCAGGACGAGCUGGAGGAGUGGCUCAACCGCUACGAAGGCGAGGUCAAGGAGAUGUUCUCGCGCCAGAUGGGCCAGGGCGAGACCCUCGCUGGACCGGACCAGGAGAGAGAGCGCACGUACAAGCUCGCCGAGAAGCUGACGCAGCACCUCGACGAAAAGAGCCGCGAUCUCUCCAAGAUGGUCAAGGAGAUCAACGAGAUCUCGGGCACCAUGAGCAAGGGCACCAAGCCCGAAGACCCUCUCAGCCAGAUUGUCCGCGUCCUCAACGGACACCUCACACAGCUCCAGUGGAUCGACCAGAACGCGGCAGCGUUGCAGGCCGAGGUGUCGGCUGCGCAGAAGACGGGCAACAACCUAGGCAGCCAGUACGGCGCUACAGAAACCGACGCAGCGGAGAGCUUCUACCGCUCCUACGUGGCCCGACGGUAG